AAAAGGAAAAGUACUGAUAAUUGUAAUCUGAAAACUGUUUCAGUUUUACUGAGAGAUUUUCUCUUGAGGUUUUGCAGUUUAACCGCGUGAUUUUCAUUUAUAUUAAGUUUCUUUAGUAACCACUAACAAAUGCAACUUAAAUGUCUGUUUCAGAAGGAAACAACAAUAGUUUAUCACUGACAAAAACCGAUGAAUAUUGCGUUUCACAGCACUAAAUAUAAGCAAAGUGAAACUUUCUAUAUUACUAAAUGUGGAAAAAGGAAAUGGAAGAUAUGAGUAAGUUAAACGUGGUGGAUCUCACGAACUUCACUACUAUGGUGAAGGUGGUGACUAUGAAUAUUAACAAACGUAAUGUGACGUAAGCCUCUGGAACUAGAUGCCGAAUUGUUGACGUUCAAAUGUGGGCGUAAGUGUGCGCGCUGUAGCGGUGGCUCAUGAAUAUUAAGUAGGUGACGCGCAUCCUUUGAGGUGACGCAAUAAAUAUUAAUGAGCCAGGCGUUCUUCGCCAUUAGUACGAUUCGUGAAGGCUGGUGAUGGUGACUAAAAGUAAAAGAAGAAAACAAGACCACCAUCACAAGUGACAGCCACAAACAGGAAACUUUCGCGUUCAAGAACCACGUAAAGCUGACUAAAAAAAGACUCACACAUUAAAGAUAAUAAAGUCCGUUAAAAUGUCUGGAGUGGAGUUUGAGAGGGAGUUUCUGUACAACUUACCCGCGUCUGUUAUGAGUCACUUUACACGGGUUAUGGACUCACUUUCACACUCAGACUGGAUAUUAUUCGCUUCACAUGUAAUAUCUGAUCAGACUGAACUACGCCUUUUGGAGCAAAGCCCCAGACGCACAGACAUCCUCAUGCACAAAUGGGGCUGUCGCAACGGGACGGUUGGAGAACUACUGCAGAUUCUUGAAGGCUUGCAGUGGUUUCGGCCCCGUGAUAUCAUCCUUGAAUGUAGACGUAUACCGCAGUCUCGUUUGGAGCGACGGUCACCUUCACCGGUGCCACCAUCCACGGCAUGUCAAACCAGUACAGUCAGCUUUAUCAAAGAGUUUCUCCCGGUCCACGAAAUCAGGCCUCUACCCAAGCCUAGCCCUCCACCGCCCGAUAUGGACUCCAUCAGUUCAAGAACCUCAAAUAUAGCCGAAAAGUGCCCAAGUAAGAACCGGGUGGAUCCCCCGCCUCUUUACUCCACUGCGAUGAGUUGGCCGUUUGAAGAAAUACAGAGAGGCACAUGCAAUUUUUCGCCGUGCAAGCAGAUCGGAGAAGGAGGUUUUGGGCACGUGUAUCAAGCUGUGAUGAGAAACACAGAGUUCGCUGUGAAGAAGCUGAAAGAGGACUCUCAUUUGGAUUGGGAUGUCGUGAAGGAAAGUUUCAGGACGGAAGUGGAAAAACUUUCACAGCACCCAUGCACAUUUUGGGCCCAAUUCUCCCUUUCCAACAAUCCUAGAUACAGGCAUCCCAACAUAAUGGACUUUGUUGGCUACAGUAUAGACAGACAAAUUUAUUGUCUCAUAUAUGUUUAUAUGCCGAAUGGCUCUUUAGAAGACCGACUACGCUGUGAGGACAGCAACGCCCUCUCUUGGUCACAGCGUGUAAAUGUGUUACUGGGCACUGCAAAAGCUAUUCAAUACCUGCAUUCUUGUUCACCUGCACUUAUUCAUGGAGAUAUCAAGAGCUCUAACAUCCUUUUAGGCGAUCACCUGGAGCCCAAGUUGGGCGACUUUGGAUUGGCGCGUUUCUGUCGGAGCCCCAGCAAAACCCCAGGCAAGACGUCCACCGUGGCUCACACUGCAACGGUACGGGGAACUCUCGCAUACCUCCCAGAAGAAUACCUGAAGGAUGGACAGCUAGGAGUGGAGAUCGAUGUCUACAGCUUUGGAGUGGUCAUACUAGAGGUACUUACUGGACGGCAGGCACUUGAGGUCGAUGGCCAGUCCAAAACUGUUUACUUGAAAGAUCUGGUUAAAGAGGAGGAAGAUGAUGGGAGAAGCUUCAGCAAAGGGAAGCACUCGCGAGAGCUGUCCUAUGUUAACGCGGCGGAGAACAUCUGCAGGAAACAUCUGGAUCCACGAUUGAUGACUAAAGACACACCUACCCCUCAUGGAUCAAUGGAAAUUUCUCAAAUGGCAUGUCGAUGUUUAGAACGACGGAGGAAGAAGAGGCCUCCUAUGACGGAAGUGUUUAAAGCACUUCAAGAUGUACAUUCAGGGUUGAAGACCUCUGGCAGAUUGACCACGGUCAGAUUAUCUCCUGUAUCAUCUCAUCCAUCCACCCCUGAGCCUCUGCGCUCCAACGACAGCUCUCUGGACUCUCUCACCCAUCAGUUCUCCAAACUCCACCCUCAAGAGAACACAUACCCCUACCUUCAAAAGCCUGUCUUUCCCACCUUGAACUCUGUAAUGACUCAGUCUAGCUGCUCAGUGUCAGAGCUGAAUGCUGAAUCAUGGGCUUCACAGUCCUCUGGCAUGCCAUGUGAAUCGGAUGAGAGUCAAGGCUUUUCUCAAUACUUGACAAGUCACUGUAGCAGACCUCAGUCGACGUCAUGUGGGGCCUGUGGCGUUCAGAGCACUGAAAUAAGCAGUUCUUUAGAGGAAAACCCAUCACAGUCCAGUCCAAAUGAAGAUUUUUCUGACCAGAAAGCAUUUAUCAACCCUGUAAGGCAGCGACUGGUCCAGAAAAUGGAGCUUUAUGAAGAGGGGAGGAUUUUAACUUCUGAUCUGCUCUCAUCAGGCGACUCAUUAUACCGAGGGAUGAACGCUCAAACGAGGGAGCCAGAAGAGAGUGAUGAGUUUGCAAGUGAGACGUCUGGAGUCGACAUGCAGUCACCUGCUGCAGUUUAACACUGGAUGUUUGGAAGAAAGUGCACAACAGUUGUUAAAAUAUUAUUCAAAAUAUACAUUAAUUUCUUUAUGGUACUUUUUUUUACGGUUAUGGUAGAGAAAAUACCUCCAUAAAUACCUCGGCCAAAGCUUUUUUUUUUUUAUUUGAUGGUAAUGGCAAGUGAAAAGUGGUACAGAUAAUGAAAGCUCUGAAGUUGUAAACCUGUGAAUCUUGACUGACAAGUCAAAGGCGAAGAUAUAAAAGUGCAUAAUUUAUUGUUAUACGCCUGUUAUUUUGGCGAUCAAAUGUCUGUCUGUUGUUUUAGGCUUAGUUCUUAGAGGCAUAUUGCUUUAAAUAGCAUAAAGUCAAGUUUAUGGAUUAUGGCCAAAACACUUACAUGUAUGAGAGUACUAUUUAACAUUAAUGACUAAUCUUCUAUGGUACUAACUGGUGUUUGUUAUAUAAAUUGAAUUUAGCCUGUUCAUUAUGCACAAUUUAUUUUUAUUUUUAUUAAUUGUCAGCAAAACUACAGCAAUACCGAAACAACAGCUUUAUUUGAAACGGUUUUUGUUUCCAUUAGAUGCCUGUUUAGCCCGUUGCUUUUUAAAGGUCCAUGUAUCUCCCGUUUUUCAAACUGUUCCAAAAAGCUUCUCUUUUUUUACAGUCUUAAUUUUGUGAUUGGCAGAUUCAGAAUCUAAACUGAAUUCUUGAUUUUGCUUGCGUUAUUGGUUAUUGUACACACACUGACUUGUAAAAUGUUUUUACUUGAAAAAUUGUUGUCAGAUGUAUCUAUUUAAUCUGUUCUUCAGAAAGAAAAAGUUUAGGUCAUUAAUCAGAACACUGGGUUUUUGUGAAUGGAAUACAACUAUUAUGUGUGUUGUUGAGAGUGUUUUAUAAACAUAUACUAUUUACAUGAAUCUGAUAAAAAAAUGUUCAUGCAGAGAUCAUGAAUUUUACAGAAAUCAUCAUGUUGGAGUUAAAGGAGAAAAGACUGUGUUUACCAUAGUUUCUGUUACACAAAAAUAUUAUGUAUUUGACCUUAUUUCUGUAUGUAGGCUAUAUAUUCUAUAAUGUAAGUUUAUAUGUCUGAAGGGUUGAUUUUUAUUAAAACUAACAAAUUUCCAACUUUUUUUUUUUUUUGUAUGAAGAUCAGAAAACUUGCUAACUUUUUUGUGCCUUAAUAAUUUAUUUUUGUCCCCUUGUCCCAGACCCAAACUUUCAAUGUGUCAAAACUAUGUUGUUAUAGUUUUAAACAUGUAAAUAUCUAAACAUAUUGAAAUAAACUAUUUCAUUAUUUAUGUGAAAAUUAUUAAUAUAUACAGUAUAUAUAUGUAGCUAUAUGUAUGUAUUUAGCAAUAGAUAGAUGGAUAGAUUCUAUGGAAAUCAUAUUCUACAUUGGAAUAAUGCUUUGUACUUUAUCUGUAUUUGAUUUUGUUCAAGUAAAUAUAAUAAAAAGAUGUGUGAAGAAAA